AAAGGAACAUCGUCAGAUCAGAAGGGGCUCUCCUACAAGGUCUCCAUCCUCUGGCCCCUCCCUACCUACCGAGAUCGUCACCCAGCACUGGCCCUGACUGACACUUCUCUGGCUAGAUGGAUGGAGACGUGAGGAAACAAGUUUGACUGGACAAAGGGAUCACAGGCUGCCCAGAGCCGCCUCCUUUGAGAACGUAAUUGAUGGUGUGAAGGGGAACAAGCCUAUUGGACAAUCUGCACAGCUGUCAUUUGGGAAACCUGACUCAGUGCUGACUUCUUCAGUGGAGAAGGACUAGGGUCUCUUUUCAGGGAAAGAAGGUGGACCACAAAGGGCUGAACCACCAAGAGCAGAGUCAAAGAAAAUGACAGCUACUCAGAAACACAACCUCUUCACUCCAGAACCCCACUACAUCCCUGGCUAUGCUGGUUUCUACCCUCAACUGCGCUACCAGGUGGGGAACACCUAUGGCCGCACCACUGCGCAGUUGCUCACAGACCCCAGCGUACAGAAGAGCCCCUGCUCUGUUCUGUCACCUAUGUCCAAGCCCAAGUUCAUCGAGGACUUCAGCAAGUCUAAGCCACCAUGGAUUCCCUGCAGGGACCUGACAGAGCCUUACAUCCCCCACUAUACCAGUCUGAAACCCUACAAGAAUUUUGAGAUCCUGGGCCAGGUCCCACGACAGGAGAUGAACACCCAGGGGCCGCCACCGGUGGAGAACAUAUCCAGAGAGGUUCCACUACCUGCAGACUUCAUGCCUUAUCCUCCCUACCCACCAUUUCCUCCGGGCAGAAAGGCAGAAGCUAAAGACCUAGGACACCCAGGUCUACUGAUGGCAUAUGGGGAAGAGGCCUGGAAAAAUGCAGCACCUCUUCAGGAGACCCCGGGGAGGUACCAGCUAUACCACUGCAGGAGGGACGAGUUCCUGCCUCCACAUCCCCAGCAGGAGACACUAGAUGUGGGCAGGUUCCAGCGACUACCUCAGCUAGACCACCCCAACCUAAUUCAACGCAAGGCCAUCUCAGGGUAUGCUGGCUUUGUCCCCCGGUUUGCCUGGGUGAUGGGAAUGAAUUACCGUGAUGGAGUCACACAAGCCAUGGAUGAGUUUGACAAGAACCAGUUCAUGUUCAAAAACCCAGUCUGUGCUCUGGGUGAAAGGCUACCCAGGACUCACUGGCCAAACACCACCAUCUACAGAAGCCAAGGCCUGAUUCCUUUCUACAUGGGCUUCAUCCCAUCCAUGCAGGACAACUAUGCACUGACAUUCGGUAAUAGCACCCGAAAAGCCUGUCAGAAGGAACUGGAGAGGCGAAGACACACGCUAUGAAUUGCUUUAAUGGUGGUAUCUGUACAAGUGAUGUCAGGACGGGACAGCAAAUGCACAGUGGACAUGGCUAGCAGACAGGCUGUGAAAGAAUAAAGAGUUCACACUGCU